AUGGCCGCCUCCGUCGCCGCCCUUCCUUUCCAACACUCCCACCACCAACACAAGCGUGGUGACUCCGUCGACGGCCACUCGCACCGCAGAUCCGACACCGACAUCGCCAAGUCGAUCGGCGGUGACUUGAAGGCCUACCAAGCUCCCACCGAAGAGUUUGAAGACGGCAAGUACGACUGUGACAAAGUGCCCACCGGUCAAGGUGUGAUUCCCAUCACCUGGAUCGACUCCAUCCAAGGUGGGUGGUCGUCGAUCUCGCUGCCUGACGGUGUGCAAACCUCGUCCACUUGCAAGGACGGGUUCAUCUGCUCGUACUCGUGUGCCGCUGGUAUGUCGAAGACCCAAUGGCCUUCCAACCAACCCGCCUCCGGUGCCUCCGUCGGUGGUUUGCAAUGCAAGAACGGCAAGUUGUACCGUACCAACACCGACGCCAAGUACUUGUGUGAAUGGGGUGCCCAAACCGCCGGCUUUGUUUCCAAGAUCGACAAGGAUGUCGCCAUUUGCAGAACCGACUACCCCGGUUCGGAAAACAUGAACAUCCCUACCCUCUUGCAAGCUAACGGCAACGCCCCUUGCUCGGUGGUCGACUCCGACACUUACUUCAAGUGGAGAGGUGGCAAGACCUCGUCGCAAUACUACGUCAACAACGCUGGUGUCUCGGUUCAAGAUGGUUGCAUCUGGGGUACUGACGGCUCCGGUGUCGGUAACUGGGCCCCCGUGGUCCUCGGUGCCGGUACCACCGGUGGCAAGACCUACCUCUCGUUGAUCCCCAACCCCAACAACCGUGACAAGCCCAACUACAACAUCAAGAUUGUCGCCGAAGAAGGCGCCAACGUCGUCGGUGACUGCAAGUACGAAAACGGCCAGUACUCGGGCUCGGGUUCGGAUGGGUGCACCGUCACUGUUGUCUCUGGUAAGGCGAACUUUGUCUUCUACUAA